AUGGGUGGCCAACCGUCCAAGCCGGUCACGGCGUCGGAGAGCGAGAAACUCAUACUGGAGCGCCUCCGCAGCUUCAAGGUGGAAGAUGAGGACUAUCUCAAAGUCCAGGCCAGCGGCGAUGCUGAGAAGACGGAGGGGCAUCAUGAACAUAUCAAGCGGGAGCCCGAGGGCCUGCCCGUCUCGUCACUCGAGCUCUGGAUAGACAAUGUGAUGAAGGAUCCUAAGAACAGACUGGCGCAUGCCACCUUGAGCUCGUCUGAUCCUCGGCAAGCUCUGGUUUCGCCAUCGGUAAAGAUUGCGAACCAGCACGUCUUCAACGUCCAGAUCCCGUUUGAAGGCGAUCCCAUCACCAACCAGCGGUCGAGUGGGCGUUGCUGGCUCUUUGCCUCGACAAACGUGUUCCGCGUGGCCCUCAUGAAGCGCCACAACCUGGCGUCGUUUGAGCUGUCCCAGGCCUACCUUUUCUACUGGGACAAGCUCGAAAAGGCCAACUGGUUCCUCGAGCAGAUUGUCGAGACCGCCAAGGACGACCUCGACAGCCGCGUCGUGCAGAGGCUGCUCGGGGACAUUGUUUCGGACGGCGGCCAGUGGGACAUGGUGUACAACCUCGUCGAGAAGUACGGCCUCGUGCCCCAGAGCCUGUACCCGGACAGCUGGAACGCACAGAACUCGAGCAUCCUCAACAGCAUCAUCAAGACCAAGCUCCGCGAGUUUGCGCUGCAGCUGCGCGGCCUGGUCAACGGGACCCCGAUCCCGCCGUCCGUCAUCAGCGCGUAUAAAGUGUACAUGAUCCAGGAGAUUGCACUCAUCAUGACGCUCCUGCUGGGACAGCCUCCGAAGCCGACCGAGGAGUUUACGUGGCAGUUCGUUGACAAGGACGGCAAGGCUCGCGAGGUCAAGACGACUCCCAAGGCGUUUUCCAAGGACAUUUACAGCUCCGAAUUCCGCGUCACUUCGGAUGUCAUUACGAGCAUGGUUUCACUGGUCCACGAUCCUCGCCACGAUCCGCUCAAGAAGCUCACCGUUUCGAGACUGGGCAACAUUGUUGGUGGACGGGACAUUACAUAUGUCAACGUGGAAAUGGACACUCUCAAGUCAACGUGUGUCAAGAUGCUCAAGUCCGGGUUGCCCAUCUUCUUUGGCUGCGAUGUUGGCAAGUUCAGCGACAGAGUGGCGGGCAUCAUGGAUCUGGAUCUAUUCGACUACGAAGCCGGCAUCAAUACCGGCUUGAAGGGCAUGACCAAGGCGCAGAGGCUCCAGACGGGCGAGAGUCUCAUGACGCACGCCAUGGUUCUGACGGCGGUCCAUGUGGAUGAGAAGACGGGCAAACCAGUUCGAUGGAGGGUGCAGAACAGCUGGGGCACUGCAGCUGGUGACAAGGGCUGGUUUGUCAUGAGCGAUGCCUGGAUGGACGAGUUUGUCUAUCAAGCUGUUGUGGACCCGAGAUUCUGCAGUAAGGAGGUGAGAGAUGUGUUGAAACAGGAGCCCAUUGUGUUGCCAUUGUGGGAUCCGAUGGGUUCACUGGCUUGA